AAUACUUAAAAUCUGGGACAAAGAACCGUCAAGACGGAACUGCUUCAAUUGCAAAACUUCGGCGCAGCCUGGAGAUCGGCCCGGCGGCCCGAGCCCAAAGCAGCCCCUUUAAAAAAGCGGAGUUCGGUACUGGGAUUCUUGAAAUCUGAAACCUAAAAACAGAAUCAAAGCGGAAACCAGAAAGAAAACCUUGAACUCCUCCAGACAAUUGCUUCUGGGGAGUUUCAAGGGAACGAGGGAGAAUCGAGGACCCGAGAGCAGGGACCCUCGGAUGGCGCGUCCCUGAAGGUCGUGGCGAGUUCGCGGAGCGUGGGAAGGACCCUACUCUCUCCCUGGGCUGCGGUCAUGGCCACCGUGGAGCAGAAAGCCCUUGGCAUUGGCUUCAAGUGGAGCAGAAAGCCCUUGGCCUUGGCUUCUUUAGCCACUUUUGUGCUCCUCUGCGCCGGGCACGGGGGACGCAGGGAGGAUGGGGGUCCAGCGUGCUACGGGGGAUUUGACCUGUACUUCAUUUUGGACAAGUCAGGAAGUGUGCUGCACCACUGGAAUGAGAUCUAUUACUUUGUGGAACAGCUGGCUCACAAAUUCAUCAGUCCACAGCUGAGAAUGUCAUUCAUUGUCUUCUCUACCCGAGGAACAACCUUGAUGAAACUAACUGAAGACCGGGAUCAGAUCCGUCAAGGCCUAGAAGAACUCCAGAAAGUUCUGCCAGGAGGAGAUACAUACAUGCAUGAAGGAUUUGAAAGGGCCAGUGAGCAGAUUUAUUAUGAAAAUAGUCAAGGAUACAGGACAGCGAGCGUCAUCAUUGCUUUGACUGAUGGGGAACUCCAUGAAGAUCUCUUUUUCUAUUCAGAGAGGGAGGCUAACAGAUCCCGUGAUCUUGGUGCGAUUGUCUACUGUGUUGGCGUGAAAGAUUUCAAUGAAACACAGCUGGCCCGGAUUGCGGACAGUAAGGAUCAUGUAUUUCCUGUGAAUGACGGCUUCCAGGCUCUGCAAGGCAUCAUCCACUCAAUUUUGAAGAAAUCCUGCAUUGAAAUUCUAGCAGCUGAACCAUCCACCAUAUGUGCAGGAGAGUCAUUUCAAGUCGUCGUAAGAGGAAACGGCUUCCGACAUGCCCGCAAUGUGGACAGAGUCCUCUGCAGUUUCAAGAUCAAUGACUCAGUCACCCUCAAUGAGAAGCCCUUUGCUGUAGAAGAUACUUACUUGCUGUGUCCAGCACCCAUCUUAAAAGAAGUUGGCAUGAAAGCCGCACUCCAGGUCAGCAUGAACGAUGGCCUCUCUUUUAUCUCCAGUUCUGUCAUCAUCACCACCACACACUGUGCAGACGGCUCCAUCCUGGCCAUCGCUCUGCUGAUCCUGUUUCUGCUCCUAGCCCUUGCGCUGCUCUGGUGGUUCUGGCCUCUCUGCUGCACUGUGAUUAUCAAGGAGAUCCCUCCACCCCCUGUUGAGGAGAGUGAGGAAGAAGAUGAUGAUGGCCUGCCUAAGAAAAAGUGGCCUACAGUAGAUGCCUCUUACUAUGGUGGGCGAGGCGUUGGAGGCAUUAAAAGGAUGGAGGUCCGUUGGGGAGAAAAGGGCUCCACAGAAGAAGGUGCUAAGUUGGAAAAGGCAAAGAAUGCAAGAGUCAAGAUGCCUGAGCAAGAGUUCGAAUUCCCUGAGCCUCGAAAUCUCAACAACAAUAUGCGCCGGCCCUCUUCCCCCCGGAAGUGGUACUCUCCAAUUAAGGGAAAACUCGAUGCCUUGUGGGUCCUACUAAGGAAAGGAUAUGAUCGUGUGUCGGUGAUGAGGCCACAGCCAGGAGACACGGGGCGCUGUAUCAACUUCACCAGAGUCAAGAACAACCAACCGGCCAAGUACCCACUCAACAAUGCCUACCACACCACCUCACCACCCCCUGCUCCCAUCUAUACCCCCCCACCCCCUGCUCCCCACUGCCCUCCCCCACCCCCCAGUGCUCCCACCCCUCUCAUCCCCUCCCCACCUUCCACCCUUCCCCCUCCUCCUCAGGCCCCACCUCCCAAUAGGGCACCACCCCCUUCCCGACCUCCUCCAAGGCCUUCUGUCUAGAACCUAAAGUUUAUGCUCUGAGCUGUCUCAGAAACUUUGAGGAGGAGGAUCCUCUAUGCUGUUAGAACAAGUCUUUUCAGCUAGAGGGGGUGAGUGGUGAUUAAGCCCACUGAUGUUCACACACUUCAAAAAUUGGUUGGCAGUGCCAAUACACUGACAAUUGUGAUCAGUGGAAAGAAAUAGAAAUUUUCAAUUGCCUGAAGACCAAUAAUGAGGUAACUACAGCCACCUUUCUAACCAGCCGCCAUCACCUCUGGAAGGUUCCAGAGACAGUGAAACUGCCAAGAUGCUCUCAUGGGAUUCUGUCUCAUGUAGACCCGUUGGAAAAUCAUUUCUCUGAGUGAAACAUGAGUCAGAUAAGAGAUGACUGCCGGGAUUAUAAAUGCUGCCUUCCCUCCUCCACUCCAUCUUGGUGACUUGACCCUGGAUCCUUGACCUGGGAACCAAGGAAUCCUCACCCAAGAGGGCAGAAAACUUUGCCAACAACUUUGGAAAAGCUCGGAGUCCCCAGGAUGGCAAAAACUCAACAUCAAACAGCUAUCCAAAAGAAUGUUGUUUUGGGAUUUGCAGAGGUAUACAAAUAUAUGCUUCAUUUUCCUUUCAGAGUCCCCCAGUUUCCAAGUGAGGAAGAGAGCAGGUGUUACUGAUGGAUCAGGUAUGUUGCCAUGUUGAUGUGUAAGUGAAUCAGUCGUGUGCAUUGAUAGGGAAGUAUUGAUGGGAGCAUCAGACAGUUUCUAAAACCCACAGACCAGCAGUAGCUAGAGGUGGCUGGCUUUGGCCAGACACAGGUCCCUAAAUCAACAGACAGUGGCAUUGUCGAAGAGCAACCUAUUAAUGAUCCUUGUUAAAAAAAAAAAAAUCAAGAUUUGGCUUUGGUUUAAAUCACUUCAGAUGUGUAGUGAUUGAUGCUGUUUUCCAGAGACAAAUACAAGUUGAUCUUCCUAAAGUAGCAUCAUUAGCACCUACCACAUGAUAUCAUUCCUUUUUUCUUUCUUUUUUGGUAAAGUUGUACACCAGAGUGUUCUAGGUAGAGCUAAGAGACAAUGGUCCUGUCAUAAUAAGGAAACUAUCCCAAGGUUCUUUGAUUAACCCAAAAAAAGACACGUGGGUAGAGGCACAUAUAUUUCUCCUUGGCUUUUCAUCAUACUCCUAAAUAAUAUUGUCAGCUGUUAAGCAAGGGGAAGUCUACCAGAUCCAUAACACCGUGCACAGGGACCCACCUGGUUCCUCCAAGUCUCUCUGAAUCUAUUUAAUCAGUAAGCCACAUAAUCUCUUCCGAAACAUCAGGCUUUACCACCCAGGGAUAAAUACAGAGGUCAUUGUCAAAGGCAAUGUACCAGCAUGUUCAAAAUGAUCUCCCCCUCAGUUUUUCACAAGUCCUAAAAUUCCUGUCUCAAAACCCUCAAAUUCUUAAAUCUUUUCUGGAACACAGUAGAAUAUAAAAUUAAUAUAACCUUAGUGUUUGAGGCUACGGUCUCCAAGGAUGAGGUCCUCAGGAACUCAUCGAGCUAGCCUAAUUCUCACCCUGCAUCUAACAGAGAUAUUAAGAUGUGGCAUGGAUUCCACAAACAACAAUUCUUGUGUCCAUGGCAGACAUUGCUAAUCAGCCACAGAUUUGUGUUCCAUUAAACCCAAGAGUAUUUUUAUAUUCCUUCUCACAUUGCAGUUCUAAAGACCUGCCACUCAUCAGUUAGAGCUGAAGAGAGAUGAUCACUAUUUGAAAUCUCUACCUUAGAAAGCAAAAACAGGGAUUGUUUGAGGGAACGGGGAAGCCCACCAGCAUAAAAGGUACAGCCAAGGAAAAUAGUCUGUAGGGCACCAUGGACACUGAAUCUGCAGUGCCAACUGUCAAGCUGACACUUCUUCAAGUAUACUUCAGGGCCUACCUUUUUCCCUUGGCUGCCACUUCUAGAAAAUCUCCCAGCUUGUCAGAGAGCUAAAAGCAGAGAUGCUUUUGAGGACUUAUGAAAGCAACCUCCCUCCUCCUCACCCAACCCUGCUCCAUUGUCUACUUUUAGAAUACAAGGCUUCGUCUUUAGUAUAGUCUCUCAUGAAGCAGGGGCCAGAAAUGUCUCAGUCACCUGUAGUGACAUUUGCUGGGCCCCAGAAAACCAUUCCUUAGAAGAAUGGGUUCCUCAGGCUCACAGCAUAGAGCCAUUGAGCCCUUAGCAACUGUUUUGACUGCUGGCAGUACAAAACAGUCUAUCCCAUACCACUGUCACAUGACCCAAGUAGCCAUCAGAAAAUUCAAGCCAAGAUGCCGACAUUGCUGUGCAACAAGAUGGUGGACAUCAGGUGGGAAGGCAACAUUCAGGAUCCCACAGCACAUCAAUCAGAUGUCCAUACAGUUUUCAAGAAGUUGUUGUGGUAAAGUGUUUUAAUGAAAUAGGAAGCUGCAAAUAUAUGAUGAUUUUGAAAUGGAUUAGCAGGGUUUGUCCUUGAAACUGACCCAUCAGAUCAUCCCUAGUCAUUCAGAAUUAUAUUUAGGAAGGAGAAGUUUCUAUACACUGUGUGAACACAGUAAUACUUUCACAGUAGGCUGUUACGGGCAAGAAAUUCUUUAACUGGUUUACAAAAAUCUCUCAGUUCUAUGUCAUUCCCUGUAAAAGACAGGAGACGUGAUCAUGAUCACGAAACUGCAGAAAAUUAUUUUUUCAGAUCCCAUGUUGUUGUCCUUAUGAAGUUUCUUCUUUUAAUAAAAGCCAAAUUUUCGUUGUAUAUAUUCGUAUUCCAUGUGUUAGAUGGAAGCAUUUCCUAUCCAGUGUGAAUAAA